UAAGAAUGAAAACAUAAUUUAAGAUAGGGGACAGCUCCUGAGAACGUCUUCGUCUUGAGUCUAGAUUUAAAGCUUUCAAAAGUGGGUGCUACCGGUGGAUUCUACCAAAUUCUACCCGUGGAUUCUACCAAAUUCUGCCAGUUCUACCAGUGGAUUCUACCAAAUUCUACCAGUGGAUUCUACCAAAUUCUGCCAGUUCUACCAGUGGAUUCUACCAAAUUCUACCAGUGGAUUCUACCAAAUUCUGCCAGUUCUACCAGUGGAUUAUACCAGUGGAUUCUACCAAAUUCUACCAGUGGAUUCUACCAAAUUCUGUCAGUUCUACCAGCGGGUUCUACCAUUCUAGCAGUUCUACCAGCGGAUUCUACCAAAUUCUACCAAAGAUGAAACCUCUAAGACUGCUCGCCAGUGGUCCGGUGCUGGUCAUGUCGUCACUGUUUCUGCUGUAUGUUGUGGUGCUAUGGACAUACUCCUCCGGAGAGGCGCAAGGCAGUGCACCAUACCAUCCCGCCCCUCGCACACAGCACCUGAACAGAACCAGAACGCAGAGUCCCGCUGGCUCAACUCAAGCGCCCCCUGCUGUCAGGGUGGAGGAAUGGCAGAAGGUCAAGGAGGUCUGCCAGUGGCCCGGACCAGAGCAGCAGGUCGCCUUCGUCAACCAAAGCACGAGUGCUGCCAAGUCGACCUUCGCUAUUCAGAACUUCAAGCAGCGCUACUCUGUGGGGGAGGAGCUCCUGGUCACCAUCUUUGCCAAGGACUUCGCUGGGCGGCCGAAACGCUACGGAGGAGAUUUUUUCCAGGCAAAGGUUCAUUCACCCACAUUGAAGGCCAGUGUGUUCGGAGAGGUUGUAGACCACCACAACGGGACAUACUCAGUCCGCUUCCUAUUGCCCUGGGCGGGUCAGGCAUCAGUAGCGGUGAUUCUGGUCCACUCCAGCGAAGUCAUACAGGCGUUGGAGCAACACUGGAGCACAGACACCGAUCAGAUCAUCUACAGGGGCUACUUCCUCAGCGAGCCUUCUUCUACCAACGGCAGACAAGUGGAGGAGACGGCGAUGUGCACCAUCAAGUGGCCCGGAGUGUUGCUGCCUGGCACAGCCCUAGGUGACAUGGCCCCAAAAAACUGCUGCUGCGAGUAUCGAGACGGCCGCACAGGUGUGACGUGGCAAUGCCACCGCCCAAAAACUCUGCCCUGCGAUGCCCUGAUAUACCAGAAAACGGUGGACUACACCGACCAUUUCACACCGUUCGAGAAGAAGCUCAUGCAAGGAACUCAGUUCCGGUGGCUCAACGUAGACAAACGCCAGAUCAAGAUCAUUUCUACAAAUGCAGUUGUUGGGAGAGGGAGGAACGUGUGUCGGGCCGGCUUGCCCACGCCAGUGCCUGCAGGGUUCUUCUAUAACGAUGUCUGGACUUCAUUUGUGUGCGCCACUGGUCAUUUUCAAGGGGCGGACUCAGCAGCGUGUCUGAGGAACAGGCACAUCCACAUCAUCGGGGACUCCACCCUCCUCCAGUGGUUUCACUACCUCAACCAGACCAUACCCACUCUGAAACGUCUGGAGCUCCACUCUCUGAUGAACGUGGGUCCUCACCUGGCGGUCGACGUGGAGAACAACAUUGAUGUCCACCACCGUGCACACGGCCUUCCCUACCAAAAUAAAAUCUUCAAAAUUAAAAUGUCAUCGCUUCAGUACAUCGAAAACCUCAUUGACGAAAUGGCCGGCGGGCCGCGGACUGUGCUCGUCUUUACCAUGUCCGCCCACUUCGCCGGAUUGCCGCUCUCGUACUUUGUCCACCGCGUGUCACUUGUGCGGCGCGCAGUCGCAUCACUGUUGAGACGAGCGCCCCAGACGAAGGUCAUCAUCAAGUCUCCCAACACGUCAACUUUUACCAUGCACCGCAGCCUCUGGUUCUACUACAUGCACUAUCGAUUCCUGCGGGAAACAUUCCGUGACAUGGGCGUGUACUUCCUGGAUGUUUGGCAUAUGACUUCCUGUCACUACCUGACGUACGACAUGCAUCCACAAGAGGUCAUCGUCAGGAACGAAGUGGACCUGCUCCUCUCCUUCAUCUGCCCGAAGUAAAAGGAAUCGGCUAGAGACAACUGAUCAGCCUGUACAGCUACUGUGUCAAUGUGGCAGUGUGUGUGUGUGUGUGUGUGUG